AUGGACCCAACCCCACCUGACUGGAGAGCCCCGUACCUGGAUUACCUCAUCCGCGAGUCGCUCCCGACGAAAAAGACCGAGGUGCAAAGGAUUGCCCACCGUGCCAAAUCCUUCAUCGUCAUCGACCAGGAGCUCUACAAGCAGAGCCAUACCGGCAUCCUGCAAUGCUUUAUCCCGAUCAAGCAGGGAAAGGCGUUACUCCAGGACAUCCACGCCGGAGCCUGCGGCCAUCACGCUGCACCAAGAACCCUUGAUGGAGAUGCCUUCCUACAGGGCUUCUACUGGCCGACAGCGGUAGCCGAUGCCACCCGCGUAGUGCGCACCUGCGAAGGGUGCAAGUUCUUCGCGCGACAAACCCAUCUACCCGCCUAG